AUGUUGCUGUGCAUCAUUGUCGUCACAGCUCUCAACCAGGCUCAUGUUACACGUUACGAGCCCAAAAUAAGCAACCAUUCAUCCUGGCUGAGCACUCACAGAGCACUCAGGCUGAACACUCACAGAGCGCUCAGGCUGAACAACCAUGGCAUUACCAACCGGGCCUCUGUUACACGUUACAUCAUGGAAAUAGUUGGUACCAUACACACAGCUACAACACACAUCACAUACGAAUGCGUGUCCUGUGGGGUCGAUGUGUGGGCAUUCGUCGUCUUCGUCGCCGUCCCCACAUCCCACAAAGAGGGGGGGCCAGCGUCGUCGUCGUUGCGCCCACAUCUGGCAUGUAUCAUCCUCGUCACCAUCCAGCUGUGCCCACAUCCCUCAAAGAGGGGAGGGGCAUUCGUCAUCUUCGUCGCCGUCCCCACAUCCCUCAAAGAGGGGGAGGGGCCAGCGUCGUCGUCGUUGUUGCAGCCACAUCCGGCAUGGAUCGUCCUCGUCGCCGUCCAGCCGUUUCGUCGUCUUCGUCGCCGUCCCUACAUCCCUCACAGCAACGUUGUCGCCGUCGUCAGCAAACACCGUCGCCGUCGUCAGCAAACACCGUCGCCGUCGUCAGCAACAUUGUCGCCGUCGUCAGCAACGUUGUCGCCGUCGUCGGCAAACACCGUCACCGUCAUCAGCAAUGUUGUCGUCGCCGUCGCCACGAACGUUGUCACCACAUCCACGUUGUUGUUGGCAAGACAUUGGGGGAGGCGGAGUGGCGGGCAGAAGAUGUUGAGAGGGGAAGCCGUGGUUGUCGUCCUUUCAUUCGCGUGGUGCUGA